GAAAUUGUCAUGCUUUCAGGAUGACUUUAAGAAUGCACCAGAGCCUCUUUAACCGUUGGCUUCGUUUUUUGAAUACUUGAGCGUGGAAUUUUUUGAAGAAGUAGCUGCCCAAACUAAUUUGUAUUCUGUUCAGCACAAAUAUAAGUCUGUAAACACGAACGCAAAUGAAAUAAUGCGACUUGUUGGUCUCCAUAUUUGGAUGGGCACAUUGAAAUUUCCUCAAGCAAAAUUAUAUUGGUCAAGAGACUUAUCGAUAGGAUGUUUCCUUGAAACAAUGGCAAGAAACAGACUAUUCACUCUGCGCCAAAAUCUGCAUUUUGCAGAUAAUUUAGCAUCCCAUGAAAAUAGUGAUAAACUUUAGAAAGUACAACCCUUUUUAAAUCCCAUCAAGGAAAAAUGCCUUAGUUUGCCUCGACCGCAAAACAUUUCUUUGGACGAGCAAAUGAUCCCUUUCAUGGGGCGCUGUGCCUUUCGUCAGUAUGUUCCGAAUAAGCCCAAUCCUGUGGGACUAAAUAAUUUUGUUCUGUCUGCAAAAAGAUGGCUUGGUGCUAGAUUUUGCAAUUUAUAAUGGGAAAGGUUUUGUCUCAGCAUGAGAUAUGCGUGUUUAUGGUUUGGGAGGAGGUAUUGUGAAAAAACUCGCUACCAGCAUUCCAAAAGAUUUUACUCAUAUCCUGCAUACUGACAGAUAUUUUACGACCGUCAAAUGCGCUUAAUAUUUGUUGAGAAACAAAAUUUACAUUGUUGGAACUGUCAUGAGCAACAGACUUGAUAAUGCCAAAAACAAAUUGAAAACUGACAAAGAACUGAGCAAAGGAGAGUGGGAUGAAAUGGCAAGGAAUGACGAGAUGUGCUUCAUUAAAUGGAAAGACAAUAAGACUGUUACGCUUUUAUCGACAUGUAUUGGAAGUGAACCAUUGUCAACGUGCAAAAGAUGGUCGAAAAAUAUAAAAAUGAAAAUUGAUGUUCCACAACCUGGUAUUGUAAAGGCUUACACACAUCGAUGGGAGGGACUGAUCUCUGUGACAGAUAUUUACAAAACAAUCUUACAAUUCCUAAUGGAAUAUCGCAUGCUAGUUGCAUCAGCAUUGUGCAGAUAUGAAGGGAAUUUAACAACUAAUAGAGGAAGGCUAAAGCUUCCUUCAAUAAAAGACGUGCGUCUGGAUGGUGUAAAUCACUUACCAAGAUUCAUGGAUGACAAAAAUGCAUCCAAAUGUAGAAUGCCAGGGUGCACAUCAAGAACAAGGGUAUUCUGUACCAAAUGUAAAAUGUAUUUAUGUGUAUUAAAAAAUAAUUGUUUUGAAACGUUUCAUACAAAAUAA